GUCACGGGAGUCGUUCACGCUCGCUCGCUGCCAGCGCAGAUCGGCUCAUCCGAACAUUCUGACUUGAUUCCGCUUCGCUGCCAGCGCAACUGCCAUGGGAAGGAGGAUCAGCAGAGACGCCAGGCGCAUCUCUCUCAGCGAGCUGGCAAAGCGAUGGAGCUGGAGCCGGGCAGACACAUCGAAGCGUGACACGUCGGGUAUGCUCAGCUACCUGAUGCCGUUCUACCUGUGCCCCGUGCUCUACCCCGGCACCAAGGAAAGCAAGUGCUUCUACUGCGUCCUGCUGAUGAUGUCCUGGUGGCAAGUUCGCCCCAUUCCCAGGCCAGUCCUGGCCUUGCUGCCGGCUAUCGCCUUGCCCCUGCUCGGCAUCAUGGGACACGAGCAAGUCGCCACCAAUUAUUUCUCGGUGGACGUUCUGACGGCCCUGCUCCUGCUUUGGCUCGUGCUGGUGAGCGACGAAACGUCGACCGUCGGUCGGCUCAGCUACGCACUCGUGGGCCGCUUCGGAAGCCGCGCCGGGCCGGUGCUCGUGCUGCUGACGGCCUCGACGUUCGUGGCCUCGCUGGUGCUGCCGCAGAGCCUCGUGACCGUGUUGGUCACGUGCCUCGCGGAGCGCCUCUGCAACUUCGUGCGCAAGGAAGGCCUGCAGGACGCGCAGCGCUGCCUCGACCGCGCCGUCGCCGAAGACACCACGGGCCGACCGUGCGAUGUGGACACACUGAUGCUGUACGAGGAGCUGGCCGUGGCCCUGUGGAAACGUCACCGGAUGGGCCUCGCCGACCAGGACUCGGUCGAGUGUUGGGACGCCGACAAGCGCGGCACGGAUAGCCCGGAUUCCAGGAGAGUCGUGGCGCUGAAGCGCAAGGUGUCCAUCCUCAAGCCCUCCAAGUUUGCAGCCGCACAGGACGCCGCUGGAGCGUGCGCGCCCAGCGCUACCCGGUUCGCCGCCGACCUCCCACCGGGCAAGGCGUCGACGCCCCCGAACGAGUCGAAGCCGCCGGAAGGCAAACUGAUCCGUGCCAAGCGUCGCCGUCAAUCGUUCGCCGACAAGCCUCACGUGUUCGAGUACAACGAGCACCGUCGCGUGACCCACGACAUGCCGGCCUCGCAGCAGGAGGAGCCCAACACCAGCCGCACAUCUAACCCCAGCCCUUGGUUCACGCCGUCGCAACAAUCAUCCGCCUCCUUGCGUGCCUCGUUUGGGAAGCCGGCAUCUUUCACCGCGGCCCGAACUGGCGGAGAAGGCGCACCCGUGGCGGAAGCCACGUCCUCGGACCAUGGGUCCUCGUUGUCGCCGACCAGCGCUCCGAAGGUCAUCGGCGUCGCGGCGAGUGGUUCCGGUGUCGCCUUCGCCAAAUCCGCCGCGCCAUCCGACUCGGCGACCCAGGGAUUCCGGCCGGCCGCGUCGAUGCAGCGUCGCGUCUCGAUGGCCGCCACGCUGGGCCCGUCCCGUGCGGAGCAAAACUCUGGCGGCUCCGGUGGCUCAGGCCGCUUGCAGGCGCGCCGCAUCUCCAUCCGCUAUCCGAACCAGCCGUUGAUGCCGGGUCGCGACGGUCACAGAGCCUUCCAACGGUUCCGCGCGGAUGACCGAUCCAGCGUCUCCAACGCAAUGUCGUCUGCGAACGUUCCAGACGACGAGGAGGAGGAUCCCGAAGGGCUACGGCUCCGGCGCAACCAGGAGGUCCUGGCAGCCCUAUGCGUAUGCGGCAGCAUGACAAGCGUGGCCGGUAGCAUCGCCAGCUACUGGUUCACGCCGGCCGCCGAAGCCAUCGCCGCCAACAUGGACAGCUCUUCGUUGUCCUUCUGGAGUUGGACUCUGAUCACGCUGCCGGUGUCGCUGGCAGCAUCGGCUUUGUCCUCCGUCUGCGUCUACUACGGCACCCUGCAAGCCCAUGAGAGCCAGAUCAACGAAAAUGCAGAGGAACUGAUCCGCUGCUACGCCAAGCUGAAACUGGGCAGACUGGAGAGAUGCGAAAUCUUCGAACGACUAAUUCUGCUGUUCUGGAUCGGCUACUCUGGAAGCACAAUCUGGUGUAGAUUCAUACACAGACAAGACCUGACCACGUGCAUCCUGGGUGGCAUCGUGCUGCUGGCGUCGACGGCACUCAGCUCACGGCCGGGCGGCCGCGCGCCAGCAAGCAGCACGAGCCCGAGCCAGUUCCGGAGCAACGUGGACGUGGACGGGGACGACACGCCCGACUUCCGGCCCCACGGCUUUGAUCGCGGUCUCGCCUCGUUUGCCAGCCGCCUGCCGUGGGGCGUCAUCGUGAUUUACGGCGCCGCGUCGGUCAUCACGCGAGUCGCCCAGACGACGGGUGUGGCCAAGGUGGCGUUCGACACCAAGUUCUGGAGCCAGCAGUCGGACCUGGUCAAGCAGGUGCUGCUCACCAUCGCGUCGUCGCUCAUGGCCGAGUUCAUGAAUGCGGCCACGCUCUGCGACGCCAUCUUGCCCAUGGUCGUUAGCCUUUCCACGGACACGGAGCAUGACGCCCUGUACUUCGGCUUGCCAGUGGCAGUGGGCGCCUCGGUGAACACCAUCAUGCCGGUCUCGCUGCCGCUGGUCAUGCUCCACGACAUUGCACCGGUCACGCGUAAGCAGCUGAUCCUGACAGGAGCCUUCGUGAAGACCGUGGUGGUGGCCAUCAUUCUUCUCUCGAUGAACACCACGGGAGAAUACGUUUUACACAGCAACAAGCAAUUCAACAACUCCGCCGAGAGUCUGCAGACAUUCCUGCUGCGCUAAACCCACUCUAGAGAGACCGCGGGGACUGCGACAUGGUUUUCUUGAUUUCUUUCUCAUUUUUUUUUCACAGUAAAGCGCAGGCUGACAUAUAGUGAAUAAAACGCCUUAUUCGACGGCUAAAGCAUGUUGACAGGUAAAACAAUA